AUGCCCUGGGCACGCUUCAUUUACAACGUGCUGAACCAUCCCAAACACACAAGAUGGAUGGCCCCCUUUCUGAUCGUGUGCGAUGCACUCCUCUGCACCCUGGUGAUAUGGAAGAUCUCCUUCAAGACAGAGCUAAUUACCCAUGACCAUGCAGAUACCGAGAUUGACUGGUCAACCUACAUGCAGCAAGUCUCCCUCUACGUCUCCGGAGAGCGUGAUUAUCCCUCAAUCAAAGGAUCGACCGGCCCCCUCGUUUAUCCCGCCGCGCAUGUCUAUGUCUACACACUUCUGUACCACCUUACCGAUCAAGGGCGUGACAUUCUCACCGGACAAAUUAUUUUUGCCGGUCUUUAUCUGUCAACAUUGGCGGUUGUCUUUGGCUGCUAUCAGAAGAUCGGGGCGCCGGGGUAUCUCUUUCCUCUUCUGGUGCUAUCGAAGCGGCUGCACAGCAUCUUUAUGCUGCGCAUGUUCAAUGAUGGAGUCGCAACCUUUGCCAUGUGGCUUGCCAUAUGGCUUUUCUUGAGAAGACAGUGGACACUGGGAGUUUUGGCCUGGACCUUGGGCGUCGGUGUCAAGAUGACAUUAGUGUUGAUGGCACCGGCCAUUGCCGUUAUCACUCUGCUGAGUGUAGGCUUGACACGCAGCAUUUGUCUUGGAGCCAUAGCAUUACAAAUCCAGUUCUGUCUUUCGAUGCCAUUCUCUGCUACUAAUGCAGCCGGCUAUUUUUCGAAAGCUUUCGAACUAUCCCGACAGUUUAUGUUCAAGUGGACAGUGAAUUGGCGAUUUGUAGGGGAGGAGACAUUUCUCUCCAGGGAAUUUUCUGUGGCUCUUUUGCUGCUACAUGUUUCUAUCCUGGCUCUUUUCUCCAUUGCCUGGAUUAAGCCGUCCGGAUCCAAUGUGUUUCGCUUCCUCCAGGAUACAAUCCAGGGCCGUCAACCACGGGUGGAACUUUCGAACUCCUUCAUCAUGACUACAAUGCUGAGCUCCUUGGCCAUUGGCAUGCUAUGCGCCCGGUCGCUGCACUACCAGUUUUUUGCUUAUUUGGCAUGGGCUUCUCCGUACCUUCUCUGGCGCGCUGGUCUCCAUCCAGCUCUUAUAGUCAUCGCGUGGGCGCUGCAAGAGUGGUCUUGGAACGUGUACCCCAGUACCAAUGCCAGCUCGGCGGUUGUGGUUUUGUCCCUCGCCUUGCAGGUAUUUGGCGUUUGGUUCAAUGGACAGGGUGAGGUAUAUAGGAAGCCAGCGGUUGUCCGCAAGGAAGUUCGCACUCAAUAG